AUGGCAGUCACAGAAGAAGACACUCAGGUCCCCGCGCUCCGGCAGAUUCUGGUCUCGGAGAAGGAGCCCCUCGCACGUCGUUUUCGCGCCUUGUUCUCUCUGAAGCAUCUCGCCUCGCUGCAGCCGCCAAACUCUCAAUCAGUCCCCGCUAUCGAGGCCAUCGCUGCUGCCUUUGGAUCACCCUCGGCAUUAUUGAAGCACGAACUCGCCUACUGUCUUGGACAAUCACGCCACGAUGCUGCUAUUGCUCCUCUGAGGGGCGUUUUGGAGGACAAAGAGGAGGAUUCAAUGUGCAGGCAUGAAGCCGCCGAGGCCCUGGCUGCCUUGGGAGAUAAAGGCAGUCUGAAUCUGUUGAAGGAGCUGAGAGACGAUGUAAAGGAGGUGGACGUUGUGAGAGAGACAUGCGACAUCGCCGUGGAUCGCAUCGAGUGGGAGCAUGGUCUACAAAAGGAUCAGGAGAAACUAAAGACGAGUGAUUUUACAUCAAUCGACCCCGCGCCGCCACUCCCGCAGAGUACUGAAAAGCCUUCGAUUGCAGAGUUGGAGAAGACACUCCUGGAUACCUCACUACCCUUGUUCCAACGAUAUCGGGCCAUGUUCGCACUGCGCGAUCUUUCCUCUCCUCCAGACCUACCCACUGCGGUCCCCGCUGUCCAUGCUCUCGCACGUGGUUUCAACGACCCGUCGGCACUCUUCCGCCAUGAGAUCGCCUUUGUCUUUGGACAACUGUCCCAUCCAGCAUCCAUUCCCAGCCUAACGGAGGCGCUUAGCAACACAAAUGAGGCAAGCAUGGUCCGACAUGAAGCCGCAGAGGCGCUUGGAAGCCUGGGAGACGAGGAGGGCGUCGAAGACACAUUGCGCAAAUUUUUGGAUGAUCCCGAGCAGGUAGUUCGAGAUAGUGUUGUCGUUGCGCUGGACAUGGCUGAAUUCGAGAAGAACGGGGAAGUGGAGUACGCCAUUGUGCCGCAAGCACCGGCUAUUUCAGCCUAG